AUGCAUAACACAUCUCUAAUGGAUGUGCCGAUUCUGGACGAGUUCGGAUGUUCAUUGUUUCCCAACAUUCUGCCACAUGUCGAGUAUCCAUCGGAUUUGAACGGAGGACUUCUCGUUAAUGCGUUUUCACUUGAUGUCGACCAGACUGCGGUAUUCUUCGAAUGCAACGUCAAACUGCUAUUGAAACUGAACGGCGUUUGUCGAAGACCACUAUGUCCAAGAGUUCGAUUUCGUCGACAUAUAACCGUUUUUCAACGAACUACGCCUGAUAUCCAGAAACGAUCCAGAAACUUGUCGAAAAUAGGCGGAGCUUAG